GGUAAAAGAAAAAAACUAAAAAAACACUGGGUAUGAAAAGAGACACAAAUACCUACACAGCCACACGUACAGCAUCCACAUCAAAUGUUUGACAUAAUGUACGAUGUACACAUCAGAUAAAGUAGAUCAUGUCAAAAGUAUGGAGCCACGGUGUAAUAAAUGUUUUAGGGGUCUAUAAAGAUGCCACGCUGUCAAUCUUUAGCUAGAAUGUGCCGGCUGGAUUUUAUUGCAAUGGAUCAAGGUCCUUCACACACAUUCCGUCUAAGGAGACGCUUCUUCAAAUUCACGGUCCCCUCACAAGCCACGCAGGAAAGAACAUGGCUGGUCAUACGUUACUUCUACUGUGGCUGGCAGCAACUGUCCUUCCUUCUGGAGACGCCGUGCUGGAAGAUCCGAGGGUUGUGGACAUGAGCAACGGGACAUUGCAAAACGUUCCUCCCGACCUCAACAGCAACGUCACCAAACUGAUCCUGAGCGAAAACUUCAUAGCAUUGUCCAAAACUGAUCGGAAGGCUCUAUCGAACUACCCCAAGCUGAAGGAGCUCCAUCUCGACAACAACAAUCUCACUCAUCUGACAGGGAAAAUCUUUGUCGGACUGUCAGAGCUGAGGGCUCUCAACGUGUCCGGCAACAAGAUCGUCGACAUGGAUCCCGGGGCCUUCUCCGGUCUGUCCAGUCUGCAGGAGCUGGACCUAUCCCAUAAUCUCCUCCAGUGCUUACCUCUGGAUGUGUUCAGUGGCCUGCAGAACCUCACUAGCCUCCGUCUGAACGGGAACCGCCUGCGGACUCUGGGCCCCUUAGUCGAUAUGAAAAGGCUCAAGAGUAUAGACCUGGAGGGAAACCCUUGGAACUGCUCCUGUGAACUUGUCGACGUGUUGAAAAGGGCGACGGUUUCGGAGGUCCAAAUAACAGGCACACGGGCCAUGUGUGCAAGUCCUAAGGAACAGGCUGUUAAGAACAUUCUGGAAAGUAAUGCCACAUGCUGGUCAGAGUCGUCCACAGCACCCUUGCCAUUUACUACACCGGUACCAUCCCAGCCAACAACAUCCCUAGGCUCACCAGCACAGACUAAAAAUCCCCAAAUCUCCAGCAAAGACCAAGACCCAGACCCAGAGCACAGCCACCCUGUGGUGGGGAACACCUGGAAGUUCCUGGUCGGGGUGUUAGCCAUCGUCCUCAGCACCUCCACGCUUAUCGUGUGUGCCGUCAAGUCCGCUGUAUGAAAAGAAGA